AAAGUCGUCGACGGAGGGCCAACGGUGCGGAUGAAAGUUUCGAGGCGAACUGGGAAGAGUUUUGAAAAGCGCAGGCGUGCAACGGUUUUUGGUUUUUUUUUUUUGGGGGGCUUGAGCUACGCUUCGUGGCGAGCGGUGAAUGGCAGCCGUUUUUUUUCGAGUGUGGUGGCUGAGUGGCAAACCAAACGCAUUUCGUGCAUAAUUUGUGGAAUUUUACACGUUGUAAAAUCAAUUUAGUUGUGCAAAUUCGAAUUUUUGCCUGCUUUCCGUUGGCUUUCAGCUUUGGCAACAGCUGACAUAUCAUGCAGCCACAUCAAGCGGGCAAGCAAUAAACAAAUACCAAUCCAAAAAACCAAGAAAAUAUUAAAAAAAAUUAUAAGUAACCACACAUUUGAAGAGGCAACAGCAAUUACAAGGCACUAAAACCGGAGGAAGAGUGAUCUCUCCGGGAUCAGGAUGUCGGCCGCCACGCACAUGGCCAUGCCGGCGCACGCCGUCGUCCCGCCGCCCGGCACUCCGCCUGUGCUGGGGGGCAGCGGGUGCUCCAAUCUCAGCCUGCCGUCGGGCAAGCGUGGCCACAAGCGCAGCGUUUCGCUGGAGAACAAUGCACCGCUCGCGCUGCGCAGCACUCCCAGCUUGGGCCAAUCCUCGCUGGGCUCGCCGCUGCUGCAGUUUGGCCAGGCGCAGGGGCAAGGACACGCGCAGGGCUUCCACACGGGCACUUUGAAGUCGCGCCAGGAGCAGCGCCGGCUGAGCCAGAAGUUCGGCAGUCACAGCAACUUGGAUGACGAGGGUGUGGGCAUUGGUGUGGGCAUGGGUGUGGGCAUGGGCAUGGGCAUGGGCCUGCAGAUGCGCAGCAAGUUCCAGAAUAUACGACAAAUGUUCGAGCUGAGUCGCAGCUGUGUGGGCGGCGGGGGCGGCGAUGGCAGAGGGGGCGCGGCCGAGGAGGAGGCCAUGCAAUCUCUGCCAGCAACAUUGCCGCAGCAGCAGCAACAUCAGCAACAUAAUCAGCAGCAGCAGCAGCAGAGGCGCACCACGCCCAUUGCCGGCGGAAGUCGCCACCAGCAACAGCAACAGCAACAAAUGGGCGAGGCGGAACAGACCAGCGGCAACUUUCUGCGACCCAUUGCCUUCAAGCCCAUUCCUUUCGAGCCGGACUACCGCAUCGCCUGCCAGCAGCAGCAGCAGCACCAGCAGCAGCUGCAGUUGCAACAACAGCAGCACCAACAGCAGCAGCAGCAGCAGCAGUUGCAGCUGCAACACCAACAGCAGCAGCAGCAGCAACAGCAGCAACAACAUCAUCAGCAUCAGCAGCAGCAGCAACAUCAGGCGCUGCAGCUGUCGACGGAGGGCGGCCAGGCGGGGGGCGGGGCCGAGCGGUACGGCUACGGAUCGACGCCGUCACUUGCCCCACUGCCCACCGCAUCGGCCCAGAAAUUUGGCAGCACCACUGACCUACGACACUUGGCCGCUCGGCGUCGAAAUCAUCGCCUGCUGCAGCGCUCCAGCAAUGAGGACUCCCUGACCCUUGACCUCUUGAGCACUGGCAGCCACGACAGACCCGAUGGGGCCAGCAGCAAGAGCAGCGGCACUGUGGUGGGCAGCAGCGACCUGACGCCCUCGCCCUCGGAUUCCGGGAUCUCGGAGCUGGAGGCGGCGCUGAAGGAUCGCGACUCGGAGCUCUCGUACCUGCGACAGGCCAUGGAGCACAAUGAGAAAGUAAUUUUCCAAGUUCAAAAGGACAAGGAGGUGUACUGGGAGCACGAGACGCAGCGACUGCGGCUCUUCUACGAGGGUCAGCAGCGGGAGUGCCAGCUGAAGCUGCGCAAGAUGGAGCAGCUGCUCGGACUGCAGCAGUUCCAGCUGAAGCAGCACAAGCUGCGCCAGUCGGAGCAGGUUAACCGGCUGCAGCAGCAGCUCGACUUGGCCAGGGACUCCAGCCAGGGACUGCAGCAGCAGGUGGACGCACUGCGUCACCAGCUGGAGGACAGCGAGUGGCGCGUCUGUGAGCGCAACGGGGAGAUAGCUUUACUCAAGACGCAGCUCAAGGAGGCGCAUCUGGAAAUCAACAUGAAGGAUCAUGCGAUUGUCAGCCUGAAGCACAGCAGCAACAGGAGCAGCAGCAACAGCAACAGCAGCAGCAGCAGCAUCAGCAACAAGUCCUGUGACACAAACACAAGCCAAAGUCAACCAAAGCAGCAGGCGAAGGAGGAGCAGCAGCAACAGCAGCCAGAGUUGCAGCAGCAACAGCAGCAGCAACAGAAACAGCAGCAGCAGCAGCAACAGCAGCAGCAACAGCAACAGCAGCAGCAGCAGCAACUGAAGCAACAAAAUCAGCCCGACCAGCAGCAGCUGCAGAAGAUCAUCACCCUGAAGGAUCAGGUGAUUGGAGCGCUGACCAGCGAGCUGGCCAAGUUGCGCAAGGAGCUCUCCGACCUGGCCAUUGCCCACGAGUACGGCGAGGAGCCCUGCGGCCGGUACACUCGCCUCAAGCAGCAGUUGGACAACCUGAACGAGAUCUGCCAGAAGACUCGCAAGUACACAACCACAUCCGCAUCCCCAGCAGCAACUGCAGUAGCAGCAGCACCACCACCACCAACUGCACCACCAGCAGCACAAGUGGCACCUAGCUGCGCCCAGGAGCUGCCCAAGCUGGAUGUGCUGGUGCAGCGACUGCAACUGGAUCAGGGACAGGGCACGCAGCAAACGCUGGACACGCUCAUCGAGGAGUCCACCACGUACGCGGAGGAUAUAGCCAAGCUGCGCCAGAAGCUGGACGACUUCCGCCUGAAUCUCGAGCUGGAGAAGCGUCAGUGGUGCGCCGAGAAGGACAAGGUGCUGGGCUACCAGAAGCAGCUGCAGGCCCACUAUAUCCACAUGUACCAGAAGCUGCGCUGCCUGGACAGCGCCGGAGCAGCGACUGGCCAGGUGGAGGCCACCAGUGGCAACUGAGUGGAGCUGGGAACUAGGGGCAAUGGUGCUAUCGUCGCUGGGGCAACAAACUUGGGAACCAAGUGGAAAACGGUCUUUAAACUGCACUUUCUUCCUUUCAACUGAUCAAAGUAAUAUUUUAAAAACAUAAAUGUAUCUGAAUACUAUUUAUAUAGCCAAAAGCAGGACUGAAAAUGCACUUCUGCUAUAAAAAACACUUCUAUAAGUUGUCUGCUCUUAAAUUAAAUGGUAAUGAAGUAAUGCUACUGAAAGCCAGUGAGUUGAAACAUUUUCCUUCCUUCGGCGAUAAAUAAUACACGAUUUUCGAUAUUACUAGAGUUGUACACAGAUGUACACAGAACUCUGAUGAAUAUUUAUACAAGAUAUGCAUAAUGAAUUUUUUGUUUUUAAUAUUUUACAAAUAUAUAUAUA